AUGUCCACGAGGUUCUUUAAUUUAAACGCACAGCAGGCAUUUAAGAAACUUCCCAUGAAGCUUCAGAAUUUCUUCACGCGGUAUCCACCUUCACCGAUCAGAAGCUACGCCAAUAAGCCAACAUUAACCAAUGCACCAGAUGCCAAUCCGUUUCUCAGCAACAUUCAUCCCGUAACAAAGACAUUCCAUGAUCCUAUAUAUUCACUGAGAAGACAAUCGGAAUUGUACAAGCUUGCAUACAAAUUCGGAAUUGUAGAUCUAAUGCCCUCAUUGGCCAAUGGAAAGAAACUGUUUGCCGAGAAAUACGAAUCGAAGCCCGUUCUUAGAGGUGUGUUGAGACCGAAGGGACAUAAAUGGGAAAGAACUUAUGAUGACAGAAUGAAACGUCUUGAGGAAGGUAUGGCCAAGGCCGAUGAUGUGCUUAUACAGUACAGAGGAUCCAAGUACAAAAAGAGAUUGGAAAAGAGAAAGGAGGACAAGAGAACGUGGUUCUAG